AUGGUACCGCAAGUAGUGGUCGAGCAAUCAAGAGGUCUAGAGGCAUUGCCAACGAGACCACCGACACCGCCACGAGAGAAACAAAGCGAGCUCGACUCAAAGCACCUUCGUGCCCGUCACCCUCUCCAUGCGAGAAUCAGCCUUCACACGCCCCCAAAUUACUCCCCAGACUCGGCCGGCUCGACCAACCCCAGCUCUCGCAGAACAAGAAAGAAGGUCGAAUUCACCGUCCAAGCCGAAUAUCGAGAGCCUCCAACAUACGCCCACAAGGAAAAUGCCCACAAGCAGUCUACACCCGCCUCUGCCCCUUCGUCGACCGGCUCAUCGAGGCCUAUAAGGUCCAUACUCAAACCGUCCACGAGCCUGAACCCUUCCAACCCCCUAAACCCGUCUGCCGGCAACGACGACACGAAUCGUCAUACCAGUCUAGCCACCAUGCUGGAGUCGACUAUCAAGCAGCUCGCUGGUGCUGACCGGGACUGCAAGGUCGAUGCAUACACGAUGCUGGUACGGGCCUUGAAAACAUCCAAUAACCUGCCGGACAGGAUCGCCUUGCAGGAUAAGAUGACUUUGUUCAUGCAAUUCAUCCAACGAGAUAUCACAAUGAAGGGCACGAAUGGAACCAUUGAUUCGUCUUUGGUGAAUCAUGCCCUGACCUUGCUCAGCACCUUCCUCCACUUCCCUGGGAUCGCCUCUACACUCUCUGCCGACUUCGGAGUCUUCAUCAUCGACCAUUGUAUCCGAUCGUUUGAGGAUCGUUCAAUACCCAAAGACGUCGUCAGACAUUUAAUGCAAGUCGUUGCAUUCCAAGACUUUGCCCCAAAGGUUAUGACCACAGACCGGGUGGGCCGCCUGGUGGCGUCGCUACACAACAUCGAGGAGCAUCUGAAGGGAAAGAGCAUCAUCAUGUCUCGUAUCAUGAUCUACCGAAGGUUGAUCAAGCAAUCAAAAAUGCACAUGGUCGCCCAUUCCGACUGGCUCUUGGACCUGUUUACCGAUAUGCUUAGUAGCAUGAAGGAGAUUCGCGCUGCUGCAAUUGCACUUGGGCUGGAGGCUAGUUUCACUGUCGGCAAAGAGAAGCAGCUUUCCAGAAGAGUCAUGGAAAUACUCCAGAUGGCCGUGGACGAGACGAAGUACAUCGAGUACUAUGUCAAGGAACUCAAGACGAUGACGAAAGACAAGAACGAUUCGGCAGCUGUCCCUCAGAUUUGGAGCGUUAUCCUCCUCCUUCUGAGGUAUCCGGUCGAGCGAUGGGAGUUCUUUGGAUUAUGGCUGGACAUCAUCCAGAGAUGCUUCAACAGUAGUGAUUUCUACACAAAAUUGGAGGCCAACUUUGCGUGGAAUCGCCUCGUCUAUGUUCUGCAACUUCACGAAACGUCAUUCUCAAAGACCAUCGGAACUGUAUGCCAACCCUUCAUGAGCCAACUGAAACGGAAGGGCAGCGGCAAACAACUCGAAGAGUUACGAAAGAUUGUCAUAGGUAGUGUCUGCAACCUUUACUAUUAUGCUUUCAAGCCAAAUUCCAGUACAGCUCAGAUGGACAGCUACUGGGAUGUGUGUGCUCGGCCGUUGUUGCGGAUAUUGGUGUCCCCUGAACCGGACGCAAAGAACACGGAAAAGCACACCGCCACUUCGCAAGGGUACUUGACCCAGGCUACUCUCAUACUCACUGGGCUCUUGAACUCAUCUGCUCCUCGAUUGUGGAAAGAAGAUCGCAUAGCCGAAACCACACUGGUCAGACCGGAGGAUCUGCCAGCAUUGGACCCCAAAUGGGUCAGACGAAACUCGCCCAGGGUCUUUUCUAUUGUUGAACCUAUCCUGCGCCAAACCUUCCUGGAUUUCUCCGAUGAGGAGUCAGACACAUGCAAGCUCUGGCGGUCCCUUGUGGGUGCUGUAGCGACUGCCGCGUCCAAGGAGGUCAAGGUAUCAACAGACACAGCGUCCUUCUUGGGGCAUGCUCUCGGCUUGCUCCUGAAAAUAUGGCCAACCGGGCUGAGUGAAGCAUCGGACGAGGUCGACAGGCAACAGAUCUUCCUCCACGCUACGGAGAAGUAUCUUGCGACGAUGAUCGACUCCCUUGGUCUUUUGCCUUUCACGGAGAGGCAGCUGUUGAUGAAUACCAAGCAAAUGGCAUUUGUUCCAGUUGCAACGCCUUCACAUCGUUCAGGAAAAGGACAGCAAGGUAGUGCGCGCGCUCCGCUCCAUCAUCUUUUUUCGAUACUCUCAACCUUGCCCAGAGGGAUUUCAGAUGAUGAGGGACUUUCGAACCUGAUCCGAGUCACUUUCCAACCGUUCAUGCUUUCCCGGUCGCCUCGUGCCAGACGAGAUCUAGGCCAAGAAUUGACGCAAACGUUACCCGCAGAUGAGCCUCACCCAUAUGGUCCAUGGGUAUUUCUCUCGGAAAUGAUUUCAACGUCACUAGAGAGCAGCCAGUCUAGCUACUUGACCACGGAUUCUGGUAGUCAACCUCCGGUCGGCCAUGAGUACCGCGAGAUCGUGAAGCACCUGGAACGAGGGAUAAAGUGCACACCAAAUCUCCCCUGGGAUCAAUGGUUGUCACUUUUCCAAAUGCUCAGCACCAGAGCUACAGAAGAGGCCGGCGAGGCUGGUUAUUCCAUUGCAGUUGUGGAACCCUUGGCCAAGAUAGUUCUGGAGAGCUUCCCUGCAGACGAUACACCCGUUCCUUUCAACACCCUCAAAAGCGGCAUCGAGUUGCUAUCUGCCGCCAAGCAACCUCGAGAUCGUCAGGCACUUGAUGCUGCUCGACGGCGUUUGUGGGGUACUUCGGUCGCUGGGUCUAGAUCACCUUCGAUCGACCCAUUUGAUAACCUGUACCGACUCACGAACCGUCUUCUCGAGACAUCGUAUGUUCAACUUGACCGAGCUAACCAUGCCGAGGUUGUGGUGCCCCUCCUUACAGAGGUUACCGGCUUCCUCGUGCGAUGCAGCCAAGUCCUCGUCUUCAAAUCGCUAGUCCAAAUUCAGCACGGGCUAGGUCUGUGGAUUCAAGACGCGGAUGGCCGAUACAGCAGCAAGCAAUGCCCCGAGGUCUUCGAAGCUGUCAAAAAUCUGUGGGAUCGUAUCUGCGGUCUUUUCGUGGAUGCUGCCCUGGAGAAUUUCGAACUUGAUGCUAUCGAGCUGCUGCUUUGUUCGGCGUUCAAAUCCAAACACCGGCACACAGUUAACACUGUCAUAGCCCUAUGGAACCGAGCUUUUGAACAUGUGGAUGAAGUCCAAUACCCAGAGUCGCUCAAGGCCGUACUCCUUUCUCUCCUGCCUUACGCCGAUAUCGCACUACCCGGUCUGGAUGUGUCGAGUUACGAGUCUGGUGGGCAAGAGCCAUCCUUUAUCGAAUCCCAGGAUGAUCUAGGCAUCUUCAACCUGUCAUCAUCCAAGAAGAGCCGACGGACGACACCGCAGCCUUCAUCAUCCAGACGAUCAGGGACUCCUGCAUCUGUCCAGCCAUCCUUGCCUCUGACACGGCGGUCCAGGACACCCAAUCCUUCUCGGCCCAAGUCGGCUAGACGUAGCGCGACACCUCGCCUUCGCCAUGACGAUUCUCAGAUACAGUUCGCCCCUAUUGCGUCAUCACCGACGAAAAACCAAGUGGAAUCACAAGUUUUGACAGAACGGCAGAGAGAAGUCCGUGAAAGGCAACAAGAGAAUUCAGCGCUUUUCCCUGGCAUACGGUGCAGUGCGGAGAAAGACAAAGCCAAUGCCCAUGCCUCUCACUCGUCCCCUCGACAGUCAAAGGUGACGCCGCAGCAAGAAGAUGCCGCGACCCCCAAGGCCAAACAUGGGUUUGAGAAUUAUGUGUCUUCUACACCAACGCCCCGGCGCGGUCAAGCUUCUAUUGUUGAUGAUGAUCAUGAGAUGACGGACGAUAUAUCUUCAUCGCCACCUGAGCCACGUCGAAACCUGCUCGCCGAGAUGAAAUCGCGCGCCAGAAGCAACAGCAUUCUGGAGGGUUACCCAAUAACGUCUUCGCCGAUUUCUGGUUCUCCCACGUCAAAGCAGCAGCUGGCUAAUCGUAUCAACCAUCCUGCAGAACAUAAUGACGCCGAGGCGCAGGACAUUACCAUGGAGCAGGCACCUAGUGAAGGGGCCUUCCUACCUACCAACAAGGGUACAGAAGACGAGCCCCAGAGCAGCUUGGCGAACCCUGAGAUUGUCUUGGCCCAGCAUGAACCAGUCAUAACCAAAGAACCCACGACUUCUCCCCAGUCUGGUCGCCAACCCAAGACGCAAGACACGCCCAAAUCAGACAGCGAAGUCUUUGUUGAUGCUCCGACAAGUCCUAUCCCUCGCACACCCCGGGUACUUCGCAACAAAGCCGCGAAGGCUUCGAACGCUGGCCAGACUGUGGCAAUAACCCCUCAAGCCAAGGAUCGUUCGUUUGAGAUUAGCGACGGCGAAGAGCGAAGUAUGGCACGUCUCGUGGUUGAGCUGGAUUCUAGAAAGUGCUCGCCACUCCCACGUUACGACACGGCAUCCCCCGAAAAGCCGCGUGUAGAGGGCGCGCAGACUCUGGAGUGCAUCACUGUCAGUACUCAGGAUGAAGAACGGGGCUCCUCUCCUGGCAUGACAUCAAGCUCUGCGGAAGUGGACGAUUCUCAAUCAUCAGUCAGGAAAUCCAGGAAGAAGCGAAAGCGGAGUUCGGAGAAGAAGCAGGACUCGGCCAGCAAGAAGCGAAGGCAUGGCAAGUACGCCGCAGCCGAGGAUGUCGACGCUAUGGCGGAUAGCCAAGCAACAACAGCUAAGGGCGAUAAACCAUCUCAGAUGACGGAAGGGAUGUCAGUUGAGAUGGAUAGGGCAAUGGAAGAGAUGGAUGGACCGGACAAGGCUACUCCUUCCAAACACCCACGGCCCUUGCCUGACCAGCGACCUGGCCUAGAAGAAGUUGUUGCGCCGGAGCCUUCCCACAUGGAUGAGGAUUCCGACACGGACGGCGACACUGCGGCGGUGAACCUCCAGUUAAUCACAGAAGCGUCCCAGCAGUCCGAGGCAGAGCUUGCAACGAAGGAAGUGGUGGACACAGCUUUAUCUCCCAGUGCUACAGGUGCGGCGGCAUCAGGCGAAGUGGUGGAUGAGGAUGAAGACGAACACAUGGAAGGAAUGGUGGAGACAGUACCUACAAUGGCGCCAGGCGAGGCUGAAGGCGAGGCAACAGCGCCGCCGCCGGUGAAGUCAGCCAUGGAGACGAUCCUGGGCUCCCUCCGGAACGGACUCGAAGGGCUGCGCACAGCAGAAUUGUCCCGAGAACAAGUGUACAAGAUCGAGGACAUGUUCAUGGACAUAAAGAGAGAGCUCUACCAGGCGGAAGCGCGAGGUCGUGAAUAG